AUGCAGUUUUUAAAAGUGUGUGUCAGGGGGGUUGCCAGUAGGGAAGGAACCCAAAGCAAGGAGCCAGGUUUCUUGCUAUUUAAAGAUUUUUGUUUGAAUGAAAUUAAUGAAGCUGUACCUCAGGUGAAGUUUUAUGAAGAGAUAAAAGAAUAUGAGAAGCUUGAGAAUGAGGAAGACCGCCUUUGCAGAAGCCGGCAAAUUUAUGACACUUACAUCAUGAAGGAGCUGCUGUCUUGCUCACAUCCAUUCUCAAAGCAAGCCGUAGAGCAUGUGCAAAGUCACCUAUCCAAGAAACAAGUGACAUCAACUCUUUUCCAGCCCUACAUAGAAGAAAUUUGUGAAAGUCUUCGAGGCAACAUUUUCCAAAAGUUUAUGGAAAGUGACAAAUUCACUCGAUUCUGUCAGUGGAAAAACGUAGAAUUAAAUAUCCAUUUGACCAUGAAUGAUUUUAGCGUACACAGGAUCAUUGGACGAGGAGGAUUUGGUGAAGUGUAUGGUUGCAGGAAAGCAGACACUGGAAAAAUUGACAUCAUUCACCUUUCUGCAUAUCUCUACAAGAACUUCCCCUUGCUGAUCUCGGAGCGCUGGCAGCAGGAAGUGGCAGAAACAGUUUAUGACGCAGUGAAUGCGGACACGGAUAAAAUCGAGGCCAGAAAGAGAGCUAAAAAUAAGCAACUUGGACACGAAGAAG